AUGCGCUUGUUCGAAACACUUGAAUUUCUCUUUUUCAAAAAUUGUCGACGCUACCGAAAGAACAUAGAGAUUGUCGCUCCAAAAGUCCCACCAAGACUCCCUCCAGACCUAAUUGACCUAAUAGAGACAUCAGAUGGGGCCGAGAGUUCAGAGAAAGCGCUGCAGAAGCUCAAAUUAUGCUUCCUAAGAAUCGGAGAGAUUCAAUUUGAAGAAGAAAAUGGGCUUAGAAAAAAGGUUGGAAUGGGUAACUUUGGAAAGGUUUACCUGGCUAGAAUCAGCAAUACUCGUGGAUCCCUUUUUUGCGUCAAAGAAAUCAUUGAUGAAGAAAAUCGCAAUGAAUUUAUAAAAGAAGCUCUCGUCAUGUUGAGGCUUUCCAAUCACGUGAACGUCCUCGGCCUAUCCUACCUAGCUUACGAAAGUAAUCGAAAAUGCCCAAUUCUAAUCACGGCUUAUAUGAAAAACGGAAGUUUGAUAAGCUUCCUUCGCUCUAGCAACGCUAUCUUGUAUGACUUGGCCUUGCGGUGGUCGGCGGAAGCAGCCUGCGGGAUGAAACACUUGUCAAGUGAGGGAAUCGUGCACAGAGAUCUGGCAGCGCGAAACUGCCUCCUGAGCGACGACUUCACGCUCAAGAUUUGCGAUUUUGGACUCUCUCGUAAAACUGAUCACUACAUAGGAUGCGGUUAUUACAAGCAGAAGAAUCGCUGCGACAUGCCUUUUCGUUGGCUCGCUCCAGAAGCGCUAGAACUGAAAAAAUUCUCAAGCAAGACGGAUCUCUGGUCUUUUGGCAUUCUCAUGUGGGAAAUAUUCACCAGAGGCCAUGUUCCAUACAAAGAAAUAGCGACAGUGAGGGAAUUGAAGGAAUACCUAAGCAAAGAGUUCGAGACUGAAGUAUUGGGGAUUAAAAAACCGCAGCGGCUCAGAAGACCACCGAAAGUAACUGACGACCUGUGGCCUCUGAUUGAGAGCACUUGGCAUCCAGAUCCAAAAUAUCGACCUAGCUUUGAAAAUCUGAGCUAUUCUCUCAAAAUCCUGACGAAAGAAUAUAAAAGUUCCUAUCUCGAAAUCGACCAUCUAGAUCAGAGCUACCGAACAACCGUUCAGUGUACUCCUCGUUCGAUCUUGAAGAAGAGCUUCCAGAAAUCGAUGUCGGAACAGUUGACAUCGGUCCAAAGACACAAGUCGGCGAGAUGGGCGACGAUGCCUUCGCGGAUAAUGCCUAGAGAUUCAAUAGAUCUUCACAGCUUCCCGAACAUCCACGUUGCUGACCGCGCCUCUAGUAACUACUAUGAUGACGAUUACGUUACGAUUUCUCAAGAAAGGCCUAUGUCAUUGGAACAAUUGGAAAAAAUAUCAGAUGUGACUGAUUUAAUGCGAAAGUUAUGGCAGCAAGAACAGAUCACUUUUGAUCAUUUUUCGUUGAUUUCAAAAUGCGCUUCAGAAGCCUCGAAAUCAUCGCCUUUCUUUCCGUUAGGUAUAAAAAUAUUCAAAAUAGCUGAAAGUGUCCAUUUGAAGUCGGAAAUCGCAGAUAUGAUUUUGGACUAUCUAUCGAGUUUAUCAAUGAGUACUAACGACCUUGGAAUAAGUAAAACAAAUGAAAUUCACGCCAAUAUCCUGGAUUACGUCAAGGAAGAAGUCCCCUUCGAUGUGAAUUUGGAACACUAUCACUGCAUUUUCAUACUUGGCUGUCUUUUGAAAGAAGAUUUGAAAAAUCAGGCACCGAUUGAAAAAUUUUUCAAGCUUUUUCUGUGGUGGGAAUCGAUGAUAUUCAUUCUCUUGAACGAUUUCAGCUUUUUUGAAAGCAAGAAGUCAAACAGCGAGUUUAUGGGAAUUUACAAAAAAGUGCUUCUGAAGCCAAUGUGGUGGAGCAAUUUCUCGUCGUUGCUCAGUUGUCUGAAUCUCAAAUGUUUUGACAAAUUACUUGGGGAAGAGGACUUUCUCAUUGCCUCGAAGAUAUUCAAAAAUUUCUUUGCUAAAGUCGUCAAUGGCUUGAGAGAUGACAAAGAUGUUGCCGAGCUUGGUGUUAUUCUUGAGAGUGGAGAAAAAUUUUGCGAAAGAGCUCUGUUAUCGGAGAACAUUGAAAAAACGACGCGCUGGGUUCAAAAUUUUACGGAAAUAUUGGAUCUCGCGUAUCACGGAAUAGAGUCCUCGAUAAAUCAGCCGAAUAUUUUAAAGAUUCUUUUGUUGCGAACAACGAUUAUCACGAGAGAUGAGAGCAACGAGCUCAAGUUAGUGCCCUUUGGAAUCGACCAAGACGAAGCGGAAGAACUUAUCUCGGAAGAAUACUUCGCGAGAGUCAUUUUAGAGCUACUGAGAAAGCAGGAUAUCGUUGAGUUUGUCAAAGGAUUGAAUAACGAUGCACUGGCUCUUGGACUCCAGUGUCUCUACCAGACAGAUGCGCAGAAUCACAGCUGUACUUUGAAUAAGGACCCUCACUUGGCUGGUCUUCUCCUUGUUCACGAGAUGCUAGACAAAUGUGGCUACAUAACUUUACCAGAAAAUGCAAUCGAUAUUAUUUCCGCGACUUCAUUUCGAUGGAUCAGCUGCCGAACGUGCGUUCCUAACUUCGAACAGAAUGCAAAAGACCGGCUUCGCCGUGGAUUGAAAUGCUUUGAUUUGAUUUUUCAGCGAGAAAAGUCCGACGAGCAAGCAAAGAAUUUCUUUCAUCCGGUAAUGCACUUACUUUGGCACGAAUCGAACUCUGGCAAUUCAAAUGUCUACAGGAUAAAUGUUAUUGGCGAGACCCUGCGAAUCAUUCAUACCUUCGAAAACAUGACCAAAUUCCUCCAGAAACGCAUAUUUACCUCUCGAAUCAACGAAAGUUUCAAAUUCAAAACUCUCAAUUACUUAUCGUCGCUUCCAUCGGCCGUUCAAAUGAGCGACUUUUUUCCCGAGCUGCACUUCAAAAAAUAA